CUGAAGCUACUGUAGAGAGAUUAUGUAUUUAGGCUUUCUUUCACAUGGUAAUAACCAUGAGGAACUUAAUUUCCAGAAGGUGCAGCUGAGAAAAAGCUUCACCAUGAUGACAAAGACAUCUUUCAUCUUUCUUCUGUUUGUUGCCUGCUGCAAUGCCCAGACCAACACAACCAUUGCUGAAUCAACAACUACAACUGUUGCUACAAGCACAGUUGCAGAAAUGACAACAACUGCCACUGCAGAAACAACCACACCUACCUUAACAACCACGGCUGCUGCAACAACAACCACAGCUGCAGGAACAACAACUGCAACUUCCCCUACAACUACAAUUUCAGAUAUGACAACCACAUCAGCCCCUACAACCACUGGUGAAUCAACAGCUACAACAACAGCUACUGCUGAAUCAACUACAAUUUCCACUACAACUAUAGCUGCAGAAACAACAACAACCACUGCAACAACCACAGCUGCAGCAAUGACAUCUUCAACAACAAGCACACUGCCCCCUACAACCAUUGCAGACUCAAUGAGUACAAUUGCCCCUUCAUCUACAACUGCAGAACAAACAACUGCUGCAACAACUACAGCUGCAGAAACAACCACAGCUGCCCCAACCACCACGGCUGCUGCAACGACAGCUGCAGCAAUGGCAUCUUCGGCUGCUCCAACAACAAGCACACUGCCCCCUACAACCAUUGCAGACUCAAUGAGUACAAUUGCCCCUUCAUCUACAACUGCAGAACAAACAACUGCUGCAACAACUACAGCUGCAGAAACGACCACAGCUGCCCCAACAACCACUCCUGCUGGAACAGCAACUACAGAUAGAGCAACGACAAUGACGGCUGCCCCAACUACAACCACAAUGGCCCCUACAGUUACAGCUGAAACAACAACUACAACUUCCCCUACAACUACAGUUGCAGAAACAACAACGACUGUUAUACCAAAUACAGCUGCUGCAACAACAUCCACAGAUGCAGCAACGACAAUGACGGCUGCACCAUCGACAACCAUAUCGGUCCCUACAACCACUGCAGGAUCAAUGAGUACAAUUGCACCUUCAACUACAGGAGCAGAAACAACAACAACUGCCGCAGCAACUACAGCUACAGAAACAACCACAGCUGCCCCAGCAACCACGGCUGCUGCAACGACAGCUGCAGCAAUGACAUCUUCAGCUGCUCCAACAACAAGCACACUGCCACCUACAACCAUUGCAGACUCAAUGAGUACAAUUGCACCUUCAUCUACAGCUGCAGAACAAACAACUGCUGCAACAACUACAGCUGCAGAAACGACCACAGCUGCCCCAACAACCACGGCUGCUCCAACAACAACCACACUGGCCCCUACACCCACUGCAGACUCAAUGAGUACAAUUGCCCCUUCAUCUACAGCUGCAGAACAAACAACUGCUGCAACAACUACAGCUGCAGAAACGACCACAGCUGCCCCAACCACCACGGCUGCUCCAACAGCAACCACACUGGCCCCUACAACCAUUGCAGACUCAAUGAGUACAAUUGCCCCUUCAUCUACAACUGCAGAACAAACAACUGCUGCAACAACUACAGCUGCAGAAACGACCACAGCAGCCCCAACAACAGCAACUACAGAUAGAGCAACGACAAUGACGGCUGCCUCAACUACAACCACAAUGGCCCCUACAGUUACCGCUGAAUCAACAACUACAACUUCCCCUACAACUACAGUUGCAGAAACAACAACGACUGUUGCAACAACUACAGCUGCUGCCUCAACAACAUCCACAGAUGCAGCAACGACAAUACUGUUGCUAGCAUUCUUUUAUUUGUGGUAGUGUCCUGGGGAGGCAGCAUUAGGAAAGGAGAUGUGAUGCAGCUAAAUAACUAGCUCAUGUGGGUUGGGUCAGUGGUUGGACUGGAGCUGGACUCUGACUAGAGUGGCAUAGAGAAGGACACUGGACAUCUAUCUAUCUAUCUAUCUAUCUAUCUAUCUAUCUAUCUAUCUAUCUAUCUAUCUAUCUAUCUAUCUAUCUAUCUAUCUAUCUAUCUAUCUAUCUAUCUAUCUAUCUCUUCUUUUUCAUGCUGAUGUUGAAUACAGGACUCUUAGUUGUAAGAUUUAGCUGAUUAAAAUUGUAAACUUUUCUCCAAAGCUGGAUUCUACCUGGUAACAGAGAGCUUCAAUUUCUGUUUUAGCUGCUCCGGGAAAAGUUCUGAGGAGUUUAUUUUUAGAUAUGUGCGUGUUGUGAUGUCUGGGGCAUAUUUUAGGGUUGAUGUUGCAAUAGGACACAGCUGACAUGAUCCACAGAGAAAAUAAACACACAGAUCAUCAGAGCUCCACCAAAGUCUCAUUACGCUUUAGAAACGUGUCGUCGUCACAAGAAGCAGCUGAUUCAAGGUCACACAGGGUAGGUCUCCCUGUGACGAGCCACAUAAAGUGAAUUGUAAACAUUCAGUGACGCGUUGACUCAUGUUUGAUGGAUAUGGUGCAUUCCUCAGGGAAGACUCAACCACUUCCAGAGCAAGCUGGGAAAUUCUUUUAAGGGGUUUGUGCCUGCUAAUUAUUAAUGAUUAACACAAGGGUAACUUCUGUUUAAGAUAUUACAAAAAUAUGAAUCAAUACAAACAAGUCCUUAAAGUGAUAAUAAUCAACACCAAAAAAGUACUGUAAAAAGACCCAUCAGUAAAAUCACGUUGUCUUCCACUUGUGUGCUGAACUAUAAAACGUGUAUAUGAUUUUCAUUUACUUAGUUCAGGUUUGCUGCUUCCUACUGUUGCUGAAAGGAACAACAGGUACAGCGUAAAAUGUUGAGAUACAUCAUGAAUACUGAGAAUUGUUUUAGGCUUAAAAGUCGCACUUAUAUUGGUCGUGUUUGAUGUUUGGGCCAAACGACUUACAUCGCUGCACUGUAGGACUUGUAUUCAGAUGUAGUUACACCGCACAGCACUGUGAUGGCUUUGGAGGUGCUGUGCGAUUGUAUGAGUGUGUUUGUGCAUGCGUGGGUGGGUGUGCGUGUGUUUGUGUGUGUCUGUCCGUUCCUAAAACACUACUGAAUAAAAGAAGAAGUUGGUCCACUUUGCAUUACUCUCCAAACCACUCUGCCCCAUCUGUACCCCAGCAGCCAAGCUGAAACUACAGACCACCACCACAGUCAGGUUUAGAAUGUAAAUUCAUGAUUUGGAAAUAUUUUGUCAGCAAGUACAAGAGAAACUACAAUUGAACAUAAAGUAUAAGGUUGUUUAGAAAUACUGACAAACAAAUCAUAAAACUGGACUGAUGUGAAAAGUACCCAUGAGUUAAUAAAAAAGAAAGAAAACAGAAUGUC